AUGGAGAUUUCCUGGAGCUCCCUCCAGUCCCUCCUCAUCUUCUUCGGCCCCAUCCUCCUCCCCAAAGCCAUAUCGUGGUACCGGUCCAUCCGCGCGUCCUCGCACGGCCUUCCCGUCCAGCCGGCCCCCCCCCGCGUCCGCAUCGUCCUCUUCCUGCUCUUCCUCCUCGCGACCACGUACCUCUUCCGGACGCUGCCGCCCUUCGCCCCCGAGAACCUCUUCGCCCGGACGCAGAGCCGGCUCCAGAUCCCCGUCGACGUGCUCUUCAACCGCGUGGCCACCCUGCGGCCCGGCGGCGCCCUCACGCCGCGCGACCACGCCCUCCGCGCCAAGUUUGUCAACCUCGAGAGCAGGCUGCUCUACCUGCAGUUCGGGCCCGACGCCCUGGCCGACUGCCCCUUCUGCCACGCCGACGAGCCCCGGAGCUACUUCUACUACGCGCUGCCGUCCAUCCUGUGGCCCCAUCUGGCCAACCUGGUCGUCGUCGCCGCCGCGACCAGCCCCUCCGCCACGGGCAGGCCCGGCGCGCAGUGGCGCACCCUCGCCACCAUUGCCUCCUUCACCCUCGCCGGCCUGGAGGCCUACGCCGUCAGCUCAUACAACUACCAGGCCAACGCGCGGGCGGCGCGCCUCGGCGACCUCGACUUCUUCCACUGGUCGGUGCGCAGCUGCCGCCUGGUGGCGCUGGCCGCGCUGGAUGCCGCCCUCGGCUGGGCCCUGCACCUGUCCGCCACCAACAGGGCCUUUGCGCAGCUGCCCUCGGCGUCGGAGCGCGUCGACGACGUCGCCAGGGGCUUGAUGACGGUCAAGAGCCGCCUCGGGGCUAUAGGCAUCAUCAACAACACCGCCGUGAGGGACGACGAGCUGCGCAACCGACGCCAGAGCUACUGGGCCCACGAGGUCCUGCUGAUGAGGGACGUCAUGGAAGAGAGAGACGUCAUUGAGGGCGUCAACGACGCGCUGAGCAACAGGAUCAACAUUGAUGCCAUUUCCAAGGACGCGGAAAAGUAUGCCGAUAGUGUGCUGGAGCCGUUGUGCCACGCAGACGAGGAGGGCACGUGGUGA